AGCGCAUUAAGUUAGAUUCACUCGCAGUCUACAAGGUCAUAAUAUUCAUACAUAACAAAUUUUGUCAGCACUUUUGCUCAAGAUGAACCCACUGCGUUUAGAGAAACCAAUGGAACAGCAGCUAAAAAUGCUAGAAAUGCUUGCUGGUCUACAGAUAGUACGCCCUGCCGAUUCAUCUACAGCCAACGACAGCAUUGGUGGUAGCAUGUCAGAAUUCAUUUAUGAUCCAGCAGCGAACGUGACUUUUGAUACCUGGUUUCGCAGAUAUGAAGACCUAUUUCGAGUAGACUUUGCGGAUAGAGAUGAUGCCUGGGAAGUACGGCUUCUACUUCGCAAAUUGGGAGCAGAUGAGCUAGAUAAAUAUUGCAACUUAAUUCUCCCGCAGAAGCCCAGCAGAAGAUCAUUUGAUGAAUUUGUCCAUACCCUUCGUCAGCAGUUUGGUGAUCAGAGAUCUUUAUCCAACAUUCGAUAUCAUUGCAUGAAACUAGCUCUGAACGAAAAUGAUGAUAUCCAUACUCAGUUGGGU